UCCUCAUUUCCUCUCUUCAUCUUUAUCUAGAAAACCGCCUGAUUCCGCAGUCUCCCUCGCCCAAGUGAAAGGAAAGCCAAAAUGAGAACGCAGAGAGAAGAGGCGUGAUUAAUUCUGGCUGUGGUCAUCGGAGGAGGGGAUUCUUCCACUUUUUGAGGGCUUCUGCAGGUCUGCGAAUUUGUGAACUCACGAUUGAGGAUGGGCGUGUCAAGCAUGGAGGCCAAGGGGAGCAUUUCAAGGAUAAGGAAAUGCAUCCGCCAUCUUCUUACGUUUGGCGAUCAGAUUGAUGGGGAGUCGUGGGAAUUCGUUGCUGAAGAUCUCCGCUUGAGGUCAACAUUCUUGUUCUGCGACUUCAAUCGCUUCAUCGCUGCGUCUCCAGAGGAUCAGAAGCAGCCGCUGACGGAACUGGCAAACAAGUUGUUCCAUUGCAUGGAGGAGAUGGACGAAGCGGUCAAGUGCAGGAGUGUGGAGCUGGCUAGAGCCUGCUACAACGAUGCGACUAGUGUGUUGCAAGACAUCUUGAUAUCUCUUAUAAGCUAGAGAGAGAGAGCGAGUGUAAACACCAGGUGUGGAAGUCUUGCUACUGUAAAUAUCUCUAGGUAUUCUUAGUUGCCCCUUCUACAGACGUUGGGGGAUUACAAAAGGAAAAGUCAUUUCCAAAGUGGAGAGAAGCUAUAGACAUCAAGCAGCUGAUCUCUCUUCUCUAUCAAUGCAUUACCUGUGUGAGAGAAGAUUUUUGUCUUAUUUUAAGCAUUAAUGCGACGUUUCAUUCUGGGAAAUGUCUACGUCAAUUGUUUUCAUUGAAAUCUGUCCAGAUGGUCUCUUUAGAUUUGUACAUAUCUGUUCUCUCGGUUAGGGAAAGCAAAAUAUGUGUGUGCUAUCUUGAUCACCUUGUCA